UCCGGUUCUUGAAUUUCAGUUUCAAGCUCUUUUGGCUGCUUGCACGGCUCCGCAAUACGAUAACGGGGGAAGGACCAUUUCCGUUCAGCUUCUCUUUCCCAUAGCCAAUCCGUGCCAUCCAAUUUACAUGACUCAGCUUCCACAAUAUCUCUUCCUGAUUCUUUUCAUUUGUGGAAAGAAACUAUAUUAAGCAGCCAUUCCGGAUAUCCCUGUCCUUGUUGACUGACUCGAGUUCCAUUACAGUUAUUCACUUAGCUUGCUCAGAGCAGUAGGUCGUUUUCAAAUUCUUCUGUAACCAUUCACCGCGAAAAGGGAAUUUUUUUUGGGGAAACCCAGGUUUGAUGCAGGGAAAAUGCCAAAAACCCGCAAUCUUUGAAAUCCUUGCUUGCUUUGAUUAUAUGUUUAUUUGUGCUGUUCAGAUUUUUAUUGUGCGCCACGGUCAAUGGAGAUCGAUAAAUCAAUCAGAGAGUGCAACGAUCGAAGGCUCCAGACCAAGUACAACAACGCUAUCUAUGUUAUUCAGAGAGCAUUAGCUUUGUAUUCUAUUGAGGAGGUUGCCUUCAGCUUCAAUGGUGGAAAAGAUUCAACAGUUUUGUUGCACCUGCUCAGGGCUGGUUAUUUCUUGCAUAAAAGGGAAAAUGGUGCAAACGGUGAUCUAAGAGACUUUCCAAUUCGAACAAUAUAUUUUGAGAGUCCUUGUGCUUUCCCAGAAAUCAACUCAUUUACCUAUGAUACAGCUGCCACGUAUAGUUUGCAGCUUGACAUCAUUCGCUUAGAUUUUAAGUCUGGCUUGGAGGCUUUGCUGAAGGAUAAGCCAAUUAAAGCUAUUUUCCUUGGAGUUCGUAUUGGUGAUCCAACUGCGGUUGGCCAAGAACAGUUCUCCCCUAGUUCACCUGGUUGGCCACCUUUUAUGAGAGUGAACCCCAUUUUAGAUUGGUCAUACAGAGAUGUGUGGGCCUUCCUUUUAAAUUGCAAGGUGAAAUAUUGCACUCUUUAUGAUCAAGGUUAUACUUCAAUUGGGAGCAUUCAUGAUACAGUUCCCAAUGCAUUAUUAUCCGUUAGCAACUCCUCAAACCAAUAUAAGCCAGCAUACUUGCUUGCUGAUGGAAGAUUAGAGAGGGCAGGGAGGGUUAGAAAGACAUCUGCUGCUAGUGGAAACCAUCCUACUGAUAGCAAUGGCUUGACUGGCUUGGGUUUGCAUAAAAACAGUAUGCUUACAGCAUCCGUUAUUGCUGUGGGAGAUGAGAUUCUGUUUGGCACUAUUGAGGAUCAUUUGGGACCUUGUUUGCUGAGGAAGUUGUAUUCUAUUGGUUGGUCUGUGUCAGAACUUUCUGUUGUUCACAACAAUAUAGACUCUGUGGCUGAAGAAGUUGAGCGACAGAAAUCUACUAAUGAUUUGGUCUUUAUAUAUGGAGGUGUAGGUCCACUGCAUUCAGAUGUUACAUUAGCAGGAGUUGCAAAGGCUUUUAGUGUUCGUUUGGCUCCUGACGAAGAAUUUGAAGAAUAUCUUGGGAAUAUUAUUGGUUAUCAAUGUACUGGUGACCGAAAUGAGAUGGCUCAAUUGCCUGAAGGCAUCACAGAAUUAUUGCAUCAUGACAAGUUGUCUGUGCCCUUGAUCAAGUGUCAAAAUGUGAUAAUUCUUAGUGUAACAAACGUUUCGGAGCUGGAAAAGCAGUGGGAUUGUUUGAUUGAGUUGGGAGAAUCUGUUGACCUGUUACCAUUGCUGGAACCAUAUGUAUCGAAGCACAUUACAACAAAUCUUUCAGAUGUUGAAAUUGCGCAACCUCUAUCGAAGCUUUGUCUUGAAUUUCCUGACCUUUUUAUUGGUUGUUACCGCAAAUCCAGACAUGGAUCUCUGAUAAUAAGUUUCGAAGGAAAGGACCAAGCACGCCUUGAAGCGGCUGUAAAUGCGUUAGGCAAAAAGUUUCGUCCAGAUACUUUCAUGGAAACAAACUAGGUUGAUAUUCUAUUCUUCUUGAUCCUUGUAAUGGAUUUGAACCAAAUGAUCAUGGUUUUGGGCGUUGGAUCAUCUCGUGAUCAUAGUGAUCCAGAUACAGGUUAUGCUUGCUCCAUUGAACCAAGUACGUAGGAAGAAAAUCAAGGCUGCUUGUCUUGGUAGAAGAGAAGGGAAAACCGGCACAAAAGAUCACAGAAGCUUCAAUUCUUUUGGCAACAGUGAAUGUAUUUCAGAGCAUUAUUUAUUCCUCAGGGGACUUCAACCUAGACCAUUACUGAAUAAGAUUAGCUUAAUUCAUAACUCCA